GACAGAGCCUCCCUGUGCACGCAGACAUUUUCUUGUUUUUCUGUGCAGCAGAGUAAGAAAUAAAAAAAGGGAAAGGAGAUGAACCGGGCUCUGUGAUUGGCUGAGAUGGAGAUGAGACGCAUCACUUCCUGGAGUGCUGGAGGCUGAACCUGAACCUCUACGCAUGGGCUUGUGAACUUUUUUUGUUUUUAAAUCAACCACAAGGCUUUUCCCAGAACAUCCAGAGUGAGGUGUCAUAACCUGGAGAACGCCGGAGACACCAGACUUUGGACUGAGGAUGAGAGGAGGAGACUUUAUAUCACAUGCAGCACUGAGGCACUGAAUAACCACUACACAGCAUGCUUCCUGCGAUUGCAAUAAAUCUCCGAAGGAGAGCCGUGAAAUGCUGGGGGAAUCGGCGCUCCGUAGCUACAGUCAUCUCCGGCAACAAGAUCUCACAACAUGUGACGGAGCGUCUGAAGAAGGAUGUAGAGGAGAUGUACCGUCAGCUCCCGGGCUUUAGACCAGGCCUGGUGGUGCUACAAGUCGGGGACAGAGACGACUCCAACCUUUACAUCAGUAUGAAGUUAAAGGCAGCAGCCAGAAUUGGAAUUAAUGCCAACCACAUCAGGCUUCCUAAGACAGCUACAGAAGACGAGGUGCUGCAGAGUAUAAAGCUGUAUAACCAGGAUCCGGAUGUUCACGGGCUCAUCGUACAGCUACCUGUGGACUCCAUCAACCCCAUAAACACAGAGACAGUCGUCAACACCGUGGAUCCAGACAAGGAUGUGGACGGUCUGUGCAGCAUCAAUGCAGGGAAACUGUCUCGAGGUGACCUGCAGAACUGCUUCAUCCCCUGCACACCCAACGGCUGCAUGGAGCUCCUCAAACACACUGGUGUUUCAGUAUCAGGUAAGAACGCGGUGGUGGUCGGGCGCAGUAAGAUCGUCGGUGCUCCCAUGCACAACCUCCUGAUGUGGAACCACGCCACCGUCACCUGCUGUCACUCCAAAACUCCAGACCUUCCAGCAGAAGUGAAGAAGGCAGACAUCCUGGUGGUGGGCACCGGGAAAGCCGAGAUGGUGAAAGGCGAGUGGGUAAAAGAGGGCGCGGUGGUCAUCGACGUCGGCAUUAACUCCAUCCCAGACAACAGCAGGCCGUCCGGUAUGCGCGUGGUGGGUGAUGUUCACUAUCCAUCUGCUAAGGAGCGGGCGGGGUACAUCACUCCGGUUCCUGGGGGAGUGGGACCCAUGACUGUAGCCAUGCUGAUGGAGAAUACAGUGAAGAGUGCUAAAAAGGUUCUGCAGAUGUACAGACCUGGAAGAUGGAACGUGACCCACACGAAGCCGAAACCUCAGACGAGCGGUGUCCAGAUCGCUCACUGUGCUGCACACAAGCCCGUUGAUCAGCUGGCUAAAGAAAUAGGGCUGUUCCCCCGGGAAAUCGAGCCGUUCCUCAGGAGCAGGGUGAGGGUGAGCCCGGACGUCCUGAAGCGACUCGACAAACAGCCUGAUGGGAAAUACGUGGCGGUCACUGGAAUAACAUCCACCUCAGGACCUGAAGGCCGGCGGAGCGUCACUCUUGGCUUGGCUCAGGCUUUAGGAAGACAUUUGAAGCUCAAUGCUUUUGCCUGCGUGAGACAGACGUCUCUACAACACUGUUUAGAUCUCAGAGCAGGAGCUGCUGCUGGAGGCGGAUUUCCUCAGAUCUCCGUAGACGAGGCCAGUUUCCACCCCACAGGAGACUCUGAGGCGGUCUCAGCAGCCAGCAGCUUCCUCACUGACACCGUCACAUCUUACUCUCACUACCAGGACAAGUUCUCUGAGCAGGCUCUUUUUGACCUUGUGGUGCCGGUCAGAGAUGGUCAUCGAGCCUUCUCAUCAUCACAGCUCAAAAGGCUUCAGAGACUUGGGAUAGAGAAAUCCGACCCCUCGACCCUGACCCAAGACGAGAUAAGACGUUUGGUCCGGUUGGACAUUGACCCAGACAUGAGGAUGGACCAUGCGUCUCUGGAGACCGAGCUCACGGUCGUCAUUUCUCUGAGCGGGAGUGUAGAGGACCUGGAGGACAGACUGGCUCGGAUGGUGGUGGCUACGAGCACAUCUGGGAAACCUAUAACCAUCGAAGACCUGGGCGUUAGCAGUGUUGUUAGCCUGAUGUUGAAGGAAUCCCUGAAGCCCUGUUUAAUGCAGACAUCAGAGGGAACUCCUGUUUUUCUUCACAUCGCUCCAUUAGCUGAUGUCGCUUGGGGCAGUCCAUCCAUCAUGGCAGACAAAAUUGCUCUAAAACUGGUUGGGCCUCAGGGUUUUGUGGUCACGGAGACGCCUCAGUGUGAGAGCUUCCUCAACAUCACGUGCCGCUCCUCAGUCCCGCGACCACACGUGCUGGUGUUUGUGACCUCGGUGCGGGCCCUGAAGAUGUGCGGUGGUGGCCCAGUGGACACACCAGGCUUUCCUUCACCUGAACAGUUUUCAAAGCAGAACCUGGAGCUGCUGGAGAAAGGCUGUGCUCAUCUGAAGAGGCCGUUAGAGACCGCCCGGGCGUUCGGGGUACCAGCAGUGGUGGCUGUAAACACCUUCAGUUGUGACUCGGAGGCUGAAGUGGACGUGGUUUGCAAUCGGGCGAAGAGGUUCGGAGCGGUCGAGGCCGUGCAGUGCAGCGACUGGUCUGAAGGUGGCGCCGGGGCACUGGAGCUGCUGGCACACAGCGUUCAGAGAGCGUCUGAGAUCCAGAGCUCGGUUCACCUCCCAUACGAGCCGCAGAUGCCUGUCAUGGAUAAGCUGGGAAAAGCAGCCCAGUUGAUGUUCGGUGCUGAAGAUGUGGAGCUCUCAGCUGAAGCUAAAGACAAGCUUCAACUUUAUAUAAAUCAAGGUUUUGGACAUUACCCAGUGUGCAUCACUGAGGGUCACGUACGCCUGAGUAAUGGUGCUGACGUGAAGGUGCUGCCGAUUUCAGAUAUCCAUGCCUACGCAGGAGCAGGAUUUCUCCGCUUCGUGCCGAACAUGAAAAACGGUCGUGAAGAUCUGACGUGGCCGUGUUUACUUCUCGACAGUCACCUCGAGAGUAACAGGUAGUCACAGGAUCGAGUUCCAGGAAGCCACGUCCUCGAGAUGCUUCUGAAAAACAUUUUUGCUCCUACGCAUUACCCGACCCAUCCAUCAGGAGAAGCAGCUGCAGCUCCUCCGAGUGUGUGUGUGUGUGUGGGGGGGGGGGGGGGGGGGUGUAUAAUAUCACUACAGUAGUUUAUGUGCCAAAUACUCCAGCUGUCUUAUGUGUGAUUUAACUAUCACACCAACCACAAUGUAUUUUCAGUAUUUAUUAAUCAGUAUUUUCAGGUGUUAUUAAUGUCAGUCUUGGUGAUUUCCUUGGUGCUAAUUUCCACCAACUGGAGGGGUCAAACAAACAAACAAACAAACAAACAAACAAAAAGAUUCCUUAUUAUUUUAUAUCUUUAAUAAAAAAAUUUUUAAAUCGACUAUUUUACAACACAGCCUAAAACAUUUAAACUUUUAAAAAAUCUAUUAUUCGUAUCACAUGACUUGGACGUAUUAAAACGUGCAUAAACUUCACCCUGAGCGCUUUGUUUUAAAGAUCAUUUAGUGAUAUAUUUCUGAUUUAACAGCCAUUAAAGUGAUAGAACGAGUUAUACAUAUGUUUGUAUUUUUGUAGCGACUUCACUUUGGCUUUAUAUAACGGUAACUUUUGGCGGAUUUAAGUAUAUCAAAUAUAUAAUUAGUUGUAAUUGUGUACUAUGGCAUGCCUCUUUUAAAUACUUUAUUCUGAUUGGUCAGUGUGUGUUAAUUCAUUUUUGAUAACUGCAGGUUUAUAAUAACGUUCUGGUCCUUAUAAUUUAACAUUUCUAUAGCAACUGAUCUUCUUUCAGAGGUAAACACAAGCAAAUAAAAAGAAAAUUGUUAAUUUCCAGAUUCUUUUAACAAAUCAGAGACAUUUGUUUGGAAUUUGUGGAAGGAGUCUCCAGUAUCAGGGCGUCCAGUCAGAGUAACGCAAUAACUUACAUUUUUUUCAGCAAGAUUUCCCUAUAAAUUUCAUUUUGGUUGUUUGUUUGUUUUUAUUUUUUUAAUUAUUAAUCAUAAUUUGAUUGAUAAAACAAUGUGAUUCAGUGCCACUGUGUUGUGGUGUAAUAGGAACAAAACUCCACAGGAUUUCCUUUAACAGUAACUGUGACCAUUAAAGUGACUUUUAUUCAUAUUUAUGGGGUGAAAUACUGUUAAAGUGCUGUUUACUGGGGUAAAGUACUGUUGGGGUAAAAAAACAUAUAGCUGGAAUAUUGAACUAGGAUUCAUAAUAUUGAACAAAUCACUCAAAAUGCAACUUAUUACCUGAUUUAAUGUGACAUGACACAUAAAUCUACAUUCUAUUAACACUAAUAAAAAUAUUUUAUUUAAACAUUA